CCAGCCUGGGGCUGACGUCUCCAAAGGCUCCGAUGCGCCGGGAUCUGGGGAGACCUCGCGAACCAGCAGGCAGGCUCCGCCGGGAGCACCGACCCGGAGCGGGAUGGAUGAGAACAAACCCCUGAAGGUCCGCCUGACGUUCUCGGUGAUCCUGGUGGGCGUCUCGCUGCUCUUCGCAGCCGUAGUGACUGACCACUGGGCCGUGCUGAGCCCCAAGGUGGAGGAGUACAACGCUACCUGCGAAGCGGCUCACUUCGGGCUAUGGAGACUCUGUAUAAAGAGGAUUUUUAUGCAGGAGCAAGGUCCCAAAGGGAAGGGCUGCGGGCCCAUAAGCCUGCCAGGAGAACACAACUGCUCCUACUUCAAGCACUUCACACCAGGACAGAGCUCAGAGAUAUUUGAAGUAACCACCCAGAAAGAAUACAGCAUCUCAGCUGCAGCCAUCGCCAUCUUCAGCGUUGGCUUCGCAAUCAUUGGAACAAUCUGCGUCCUCUUAUCCUUCAGGAAGAAGAGAGACUAUCUGCUGAAGCCAGCAUCCAUGUUCUACACCUUUGCAGGCCUCUGCAUCAUCAUCUCUGUCGAAGUCAUGAGGCAGUCGGUGAAGAGGAUGAUCGACAGCAAGGAGACAGCCUGGAUUGAGUACAGCUACUCCUGGUCCUUCGCCUGUGCCUGCUCGUCCUUCGUCCUGCUCUUCCUCUGCGGGCUGGGGCUCCUGCUGAUCGCGCUGCCUCGUUUCCCCCAGAACCCCUGGGAGACCUGCAUGGAUGCAGAACCGGAGCACUGAUGGUGCCAGCACUCAGGGAACGAGCCAGAAAGUGGUUCUGACAGGAUUUGUCUGUUUUGAAACGCCUGAGUCUCACCAUACCACGUGCUCUCCCUUCGUUCAGUCAGCACUGAGCCAGGGCCAGCUCAGUUCUAGUCAUUGCUUUGUUUCUUCUUUUCUUUUUUAUUUUGGAAGCAAAAGGAGCAUUCAGCACCAGUGUGGCUCAUGGGUGAAUGGGCCUGCUCUGUGCCAGUCUGGGGAUGCCCUGGGCUGAUGCAGUUGGGAAAAAAAAUACAGAAUCAUAGAAUGGUUUGAGUUGGAAGGUCUGGUUCCAACCCCACCACCAUGGGCAGGGACACCUUCCACUGACCAGCUUGCUCAAGGCCCUGUCCAACCUGGCCUUGAACACCACCAGGGAGGGGGCAUCUACAACUUGUUCCGGUGUCUCACCACACUCGCUGCAAAGAAUUUCUUCCUAUUAUCCAGUCUAAAUCUCCCCUCUUCUGGCUUAAAUCCAUUACCUCUCACCCUAUCACUACAAGCCCUUUUAAAAUGUCCCUUCCCAGCUUUAUUUAGGCCCCUUCAGGUACUGGAAUCUGUGUGGGAGGCAGCUUGUGCCACAGAGAAGACAGCUUUCUUAGGGAGAAGAUGUUUGGUGUAGCUGGAUGGAGAUCCAUGAGAGUUAUCAGGCUCUUGAAGUGAGAAAUUCCAUGGGGAGUCCCUUUCUCCACUCAAUCCUUACUCCUCUGUCUCCCUGAGAAGGGUGGGUUAGCUCAUCCCUCUGGAAUAAGUUGGAGAUCCUUAUGCUAGUCUGUUAAAUUGAUAACAUUUGAAAAGAAAAACAAAUCAGCAAACAAUUCGAUCAAACAGCCCAAACCAACACAGAAACCUUUGCCUAGCAAUGGGAUAAAAAUUUUCCCCUCAGAUUUACACCCCGCCGUUGCAGUCUUUUGAAUUAAGCACACAAAAAAAAAACCCUAAGACAUAGUUUUUAUUUUGCUUCAACUUUGAAUGGCAAAGCCAACAAGUACUGAACAUCAAGAAUGAUAUUUUCCUGUAAUAAAAAGUACAGUCUUCC